GGAAGUUGUCACUGUCACUUCAAAAUAUAAACAAAUAUCAAAAAUGUAAGAGAAAUGUGAAAUGUAAAAAAUAGAUAAAUGACUGUAUGAAUGUAUUCAUAUAAACGAAACUCAUGACAUCGGUAUCUAUAUAACUAUCCCUUGGAGAUAUAAUGCUCAACUUUACAAAUCCAUGUUUGCUGCCGAAGGUUGUAUGUAAAACUCCAUCAACCGAUGACUAUGGUGCUGAAAAUUUAAUUAGUCCGAAUUACACCGACAAAAUGCGCGGUUUCAUUUCUUACCCUUCGAUUAAGCCGCCCGUAGAAAUCGAAUUUAACUUCAUAUGUCCAGUAAACAUGCAUUACAUAGUAUUAAACACCACAGUGGGAAAUCAGCGAUGCAGUGGAAUAGAACUAUUCGCUAAAACGGAUGAAACGGACUACUUAUCAAUAGGAAAAUGUGUAUAUGAUAAUCCUGGAAUAGUGUUUUGUAAUAGUAGGAAAUACUCUAAAACAAAUCCUCCUCCUAACAUUGACGGACUCUUUAAUUUAAGCUUCUUUAAAUCGAACACCUUUCGAUGCUUCUUGAACGCUACUGCUGUUAAAAUUUGCAUAUUCAAAACGAACAAGUCGGUGCCUUGUAUGUCUUCAGUAGAAGUUUGGGGUACUCCAUCGAGACAGUGCUCCAAAACAACUGUAAACACAGUCACCAAACUCGCUAGUAAAAAUAAAACUAUACCUGAAAAACUCGCAACAGAAGAAAAGUUCGUGAUUCCCGAAGAUUUCAAAGACGAUUUAACGUUCGAAUUGAUGUCGAUGCCUAUGACGCUGCCUAGCGGGAAAACGGUGGACCAAUCUACACUUGAAAAACAUCUACAAACUGAAAAAUCGUUUGGAAGAAAACCCUGUGAUCCAUUCACAGGCGUCAAGUUUAACGAAAACCUCAAACCGGUGAUGAAUGCCGGCUUAAAAAGCCGCAUAGACAUGUUCGUUUUGCAGAACUCUCACAGAGAAGGAUUUUUAGCGACAAAUAAAUGGAUUUUAGGCGGAGAUUCCAUUAAGCCUUCCGCCCCGAAAAGACUUCUCGAUGAUGAUUUGGAUUCAGCUAUAGCUGAAGCUAAGCGAAGCAAACAUUUCAUCGACUUCACAAAUAGUGUAAACAAAUGUUCCUCUUGCGAAACUGUGAUUAACUUCUUAUAUAGGCUGCCUUGCGAACAUUUCUUUUGUAGAGAUUGUUUGCUUAAAAUUUGCGAAACUCUAAAGUGCUCUAACUGCUACAGGGAUUUCGCUAGAAACGAAAUUGUAAAAUAUAAUUUGUAAUUUAUUAAUAGAUCGUCGGCAGUGCGGAGAGUUUUCUCGGUUUAAAUCGGUCUUUAACAGUCCAUGUUACUUUUCGCUUCUUCCGUUUGUUUCGAAUUAAAUCGCUCAAUGGGGUAAUAAUAAAAAAGUGAAGCAUCUCGAUGAAACUUAGUAGACUCGCUCCUAGAAAGAGAGCCGCAGCGCCACCCAUUGACACUACAAUAUAGACAAAUUUUUGAUAUUAC